AAAAACACAUGUUUUGAUCGAUUUCCUCACGAAUUUUCCCUUUUUCCAGUUAAAAUAAACUUUAAUCAACAUGAAACUCAGUAAAAGUUUGAAAAGUAAGAUCCAACGAAAAGUUCAACGAUGUCAAAUAUUGCUGAAAAAUGACAUGGAUAUCGAAUUUCCCGAAGAACCAACUCAACAUGUGGCUGUUUUGAAUGCCGGAUUACUCACAGGAUUGACGCUAGAGAGACUUUUAGAAGAAAUUCACAAGCAUCAAGUGACAGUUCAAGACAUUUCCAUGAUCCCGGGAAAGUCUUAUUGCUUCAUAACGUUCAAAAAUUGUGACGAUGCGAAAAUUAUUGUCGAAUCAAUGAAUGCCGUGGCUCCCCUUGGACAAAAUGAUGCCGUUUUGUACUUGGCAUACUGUGAUAAAGUUCAAAUUGUUGAAAAUUUGUGGACAAAACCACUUCCCGAUGGUAUUUUUUUGUUACCAGAUUUCAUCUCAGAAGACGAAGAACAGAUUUUACUUGAAAAAAUUGACGUUUCGGAUGCUAAAGCAGUUGAUGGUUCUCUAAAACAUCGUUUAGUCAAGCAUUUUGGGUUUGAAUUCAUCUACGGAAAGAACACCGUCGACCCAAAUUCACCUCUUGACAGAAAAAUUCCUUCAGAAUUUGAUUCUCUUGUGUUUAAAAGACUUCACAAGCAAAAACCUGAAUUUUCUUCCUUCUUACCGGAACAAAUGACAGUCAAUAAAUACGAACCGGGACAAGGAAUUCCGCCUCACGUUGAUACCCACAGUCCAUUUUGCGAUCCAAUUGUCUCGCUGUCGUUGCUGGGCGACACAGUGAUGGAAUUUCGUGACGAAACGAGGCACGCAUGUCUUUAUUUGCCUCGUAGAUCGUUGCUUGUGAUGUCUGGCGAGAGCAGAUAUGGAUGGACACACUCGAUAACGCCUCGUAUGACAGAUGUCGUUCCAAAAUCUGGCGGAUUGAGCAUGCAGAAACGAGAAACCCGGGUUUCUUGUACUUUUAGACAAUUGAGAAAUGGUCCUUGCACGUGUUCCUUUCCUAAGUUAUGCGACUCCCAAAAACCAGAUAUCACAAAAAUUGAUGUUUCCAACCCAACAUGCGAUGCCUCAACUGCUGCAACUUUAGAAAAUCAAAACGUUCAUCAAGUUUACAACGAAAUCGCAUCACAUUUCAGCGAGACACGCCACAGUCCAUGGCCAAAAGUACAAAAAUUCCUCGAAUCCUUCGACUCAAACAGCUUUUUGCUCGACAUUGGAUGCGGAAAUGGCAAAUAUUUGAACGUCAAUCCGAAAAUUUGCAUGAUCGGAUGUGAUCGCAGUGAUGGAUUACUCAAAGUUUGUCUCGAACGCUCGUUUAAUGUCUUCCAAUGCGAUUGUCUGGCAGUGCCAUUUAAGGAUUCCUCGAUCGAUGGAUGCAUCAGCAUUGCUGUUAUCCAUCAUUUAUUCACCGAUGAGCGACGAAAACAAGCAAUUGAGGAAAUGGCGAGAAUUUUAAGACCUGGAGGGCGUGCAUUAAUUUACGUUUGGGCGAAAAAUCAAGAAGCCGACAGCAGAAAAUCGAGUUAUUUGAGGCAAAAUAAGGAAAAUAACCGGAGAAUCCGAAAGAAAAGCGAAACAGAAGAAAAGAAAGAAACAAAAAUUCAAGUUGAAAAAUUAAAUGACGGCAUUGCGCUGCCAGUUCACACCAAUAGAACACAAUUCGCGCAUCAAGACGUCCUUGUCCCGUGGAAAUUAAAGGGAAAAACUCAAAUCCAGUCAGCGGAAGAGACAAAAACCUUCUUACGGUACUAUCAUGUCUUCAACGAAGGCGAGUUGGAAGCAAUUUGUCAGCAAAUCCCGUCGAUAAAAGUCAUUGAAAGUUACUACGACCAAGGAAACUGGUGUGUUAUCUUCGAAAAACUCGCGAAUUAGAAUAAAUUUUUUAUUCAAUUGAA